GUGGCGACGCAGACGUCGACGAGUUCUCGGUGGACGAGGCCAACGAGCAGGCGCUCGCUGCAGGACGUGAUCGCCAUCAUCCUGCGCAACGCAGGCCGCGUCGCGCCUGCGCUGAGUAUCCCUGGCGUCACGAUCGACGUGUUCAAGGUCGACUGGUUGCACGCCGUGGACCAAGGUGUCGGGGCGGAUUUCGUGGGGGCCUUGCUCUGGCACACCAUGGAGAAGCCCCCAGGGCGCCGCCGCGCGCAACAGAGCGACGAGAUGUGGAGGCCCAUCCAGGCACACUGCGACGCGCGCUCGACGCCCGACCGCCUCCACGACUUCAAGGAGCGCACGGUGAAGCCCAAGAAAGCGCACCCGAAGUUCCGCGGCCAGGCGGCCAUCCUGAGGCAUCUGAUCCCAUUCUGCAAGGAAGCGACCGAGACGCAUUGCGUUUCUGGGAGUGCCGUGGACGACGCCGCGCUGAACGCCAUGCGCCACUUGCACUCCUGCUACCACACGUUGAGCGGCCAGUGCAUCUUCAGAAAGGAUAUGAUGCGCGACUCCGCCAGCAGGUUCGCGACCUUGUCUGCCUCUCUUGCUGCGCUGCAGCCGAGGAGUUGGCGCGUCAAGCCGAAGGCGCACCUGCUCCUCGAGAUGGCCUUCGCGGGGGGGCAGCCGUCGCUGUGCUGGGCCUACAGGGGCGAGGACUUCGGGGGCAGCGUGGGCCACGUGGCGAAGAGGCGCGGCUCCCCGCUCUCAGCGACGGGCUUCUCCCGAGCGGUGAUCGCGCGCCACCGCGCGCAGCUGAUGGCGCGGCUCGCGUGA